AUGGAAUCAGCUCAGCCCGUCAACGCCGUCACCGAGCGGGUAACAAUUCCUGUCCUUGGUGGCAUCGAGAAUUGGAAAGACCAGCUCAAAUUCAUGCUCCAAGCCCUCGAUAAUCAGCCCGGGCGUCUUCGUACGCGUUGGGGCCCGUGGACCGAGGAUCAGCAGAAGCUAGAGCUCAUAACCGGUUGGAUCAACGUCGAAGCCUGCGAGACGUGGAAGAAAUCGAAAGAAUUCGCCGAUGCCAUGGCCAGAUUCGCGCCAGUUCUGGGUGGUGAGCCCUCGAGCUAUCUUUUGCAAUUCAGACCCUUCGCACCGCAGGCCGUCAUAAACUCGCGGAUCGUGGAGAUGCUGAGUUUUGAGGAAUGCCGUGAACCGGAGGACAAGAUGCGGGAUAUGGUCGGGAUAGCGGCGCAAAUGCCCGGUUGCAACGGCGUGGCGAGCGGGUACUCGCUACAGCGCUCGCCGGGCACGGGCUGCAGCGGGGACGCCGGCCGGACCUUUGUCGCGGCCAUCGGGUGGGAGGGCCUCGAGGCCAGCCGGCAGGCCAACAAAUCGGCGUAUAUGGGCGGGAUGAAAACCGAAUGUCAUCACGUCGACUUUAAUUUUCCUGUCAAAGGAUGUGGAGGAUUAUAG